AUGAGUUCUCAGGGUAAUGAUGGGAAUGCCGAAUACUUAGAUAUAUUUAAGAGUCUGGUUGAGGAUAUUGGAGAGUGCGCUCUUUCCAUACAGCUCACCAACUUUGAAGACGUCAAUCUGUUGUAUGAGACAACAGGAAGAUGCUCGUUGAGCCUUGCCUAUGUAGAAACUCACAACGAAAAGACCUGGCCAAAGGAUAUUGAGUACGAUGGGAAGAAGUAUAUAUUCAUGCGGUCCAUCAGUGACGAUUCGCAGACGUCGUUAAUCUUCAUCAGUGUUAGUGUUGACUCUGACGAAAUAGGGCGCAAAAGAGGAAUGCUGCUUACACAAUUCUGUGGAAUCCUCAAGUUGAUCAUUACAUUUGACUACCAAAACGUCAAUAAUGCAACAGCAAAGAUAUUUAAGGUUCUUGAGAGCUAUACCUCUGAGGAGUAG